CGAGGAAGCGCGGAUCGUCAGAACACCGGCUUUGCUUUGCUUUGCUCCACUUCUGCUCCCUUUCGCCCUGUAAUUUACGCUCUGUAAGCAAACGCCAGUCUUUUAUUUUCCGACCCGAACAAGAAGCACUGAGUUUCUGUUAGACAUUGUUAUCAGGAUGGUGUUUAGCUCCCUGGUGACGUCACUGUCCCAGUAAGAUCCCAGUACUUCUUCUUCCCUUCCCCUCUGCCAGUCUGUGGAAACAAAUCCAGCAGGAUGCUUGACACUCCGGACUGUUACAAAACCUGCUCAAACUCUCUUCCCCGUGCACAGGACCAAAUGUGAGUGUGUGUACCGGGACAGAACACCGGACGAUGUGGCGGAGAGUGGCGGCUUUGCGGUCAGCCGACAAUGAAAACGUGGACUCCGGGGCAGAAACAGCCGAAUCUGGCUGCAGCAGGAUGUCAUCGUCUGGUAUGGAGCUGGUGACCAGGCAGACAAGGCAGCAACUCCUGUUGAUGAACCUGCACCUACUUGCCAACCCUGGAGAAUCUCUGCUGCUGCAGCAGACCCUGGACCGCCUGCUGCGCUGGCUGUGCCCAAGCCUGCGCAUCUUCCAUGUGUCAGAAAGAGCCUCUCCUUUCAGAGCUCCCGUGCACCUCUGUCCUGUGGCAGGAUACCCUUCUUUAGCCAUCACCUUCUUCCUCCACGAGGCUUACGGAGAGGAGCGAAUCCUAAAAGUGCUGGACUUCUUUCAGCGGCCACCCUGGCAGUACCAUCACACCGAGAGCUGUGGCAGCCGAGCUGCAGGGAUCCACAUUACGUCUAGCAGUUCGUCCAACCCCCGUCUGCGGCCCUAUCUCCUACCCAGCAGGGACUUCUACAGCCUGGGUGCAGGCAUGCCUGUGUGGGGGGUACGGCCUGUGCACUGUGGAGGAGAAAUACUGCGUGUGACGCUGUACAGUAACUAUGACAACUACGAGGAUGCUGUAAGGCUGUAUGAGACGGUGCUGCAGCGGCGGGCGGAGGAGCAGAAGACGGGAUUCUGCUGGUUCACCGUCCACACAGAGCCAGGGCUGUGCCUCCAGCUGGCUCUGAAGCAGCUAUCUCCUGGAGUUUGUGUGGAAUCGUGCAGCUCCGCUGCUCUGCAGUUCAGCGUGGAAGAAAUUGGACAACUAGUGCCACUGCUGCCCAACCCCUGCAGCCCCAUCAGCACCACACGCUGGCAGACGGAAGACCUGGACGGUAACAAGGUUCUCUUUCAGGUGAAAACCGCGCCUCAACCUCAGCGACCUCUGACCUGUGCGUUUCCCCUGACCUAUCUGAGCGUGUCCCCUAGAGGGAUGCAGCUCCGGAGCUCUGGACAGGCCUACAGCUCGUCAUCCACAACCCCACCGUCCUGGCAACGAUACAGACAAGGAAACCGGCCCCGCAGCGAUCCGGUCCUAGAGAAGCUUUCUGGAGCAGAGAGCCUGGGAUCAGGGAGCUGCUGCAGCACUCCUCCUGGAAGCUCCUGCUACUCAUCUCAGCGCAGCAGCCCUGCUCAACUCUCCACAUCCAACCAGCCUGACUCUCCUCUGCAUCCCUCCAUCACACAUUCUCACACCCGUCUCCCUCUGGAAGAAGAGGAGGAGUCAGAGACCAACGUAGACACGGGAGUGGCCGUCCCCCCUCGCUCGGACACUGCCGGUAAAACGACACUUCACUCCUCCUCAGUCGGGGCUUUGUCUGUCAAAGAGCUGGCCAAAGAGCUGAUGGAACAUUUGCCUCAGACACUUGUGAACUCCCAUAAGUCCUCUGGGAUGGAGGCCUCUGGUGGUGUUGAUGGUGCUGCCUUGGAGAACAGGACGGUUGGAGCUGGACGGAGUCCUUCCAACAGGCUCCUGGCUCAGAACAGGACCGCUGCAGAGCUGUUGUCGGCACGGCCCAAGAACGAGGACCCAGUUGAUGAGUUCUUCAUCUAAAGUCCUGCCAUAAAUUCCCACUAUUUACACUAAUGGCUCUGUUUUAACAAGAGAUUAUUUCAAAGCGAGUUAAAAUUAACAGUAAAUGUUGUUUUUGUUAGACCUAAUGCAGCUAGUUUGUUUAAAUGAUGUGAACUUAUGGAGUGAAUGAAAAGAUGCCAAAAUAUCAGAAAUGGCAGCCAUGCCUUCUUCACCCUAACGCACUGGGAACACUGGGAUGUCCCGUGUGGAAUUGACAGGAUAUUCCAUCCCUUAUUUAAAAAUCCCACAAAGUGAUACUUGUUUUGAGAUUCAUGUAAAGAGAAGGGUGCGAUGGAAAAACAGUUUUAUCUAUGAUAAAGUAUUUUAUGUCUUAUUUUACUAAUAUAAAAUAAAACCUUGUAAAGAAAGUGAA